UGUUCAUCCUCAGCCAUGGCCGUCAUCAGCAGCUCAAUCAAUAACUUUGCCUUGGAUCUGCUCCGGACUCUGAGCGAUGCAAACCAAUUGGGGAAUAUGUUCCUGUCUCCGCUGAGCAUCAGUUCAGCUCUGGCUAUGGUCUACCUGGGAGCCCGAGGAGACACAGCUGCUCAAAUGGAAAAGGCCCUGUCAUUCCACCUUGGUAAAGACUUCCACGCAGAAUUCAAGAAGCUGAUCGAAGACAUCAACUCACCAUCGACAUCAUACAAUCUGAAAACAGCCAAUCGUCUGUAUGGGAUGAAAACCGAAAAGUUCCUCACACAAUACAUGGAAGACACGCGUAAGUACUACCAGGCCGACCUGAAGACUGUGGAUUUCAUCGGGGCCAUGGAGGCGAGCAGAGUGGAGAUCAACACCUGGGUCCAGAAGCAGACAGAAAAUAAAAUACAAGAUCUCCUGAAGGCGGGGAUAGUCUCUGCAGAGACGAAGCUGGUUCUGGUCAAUGCCAUCUACCUGAAGGCAACCUGGAUGAACCGCUUUUAUACACGAGACACCGAAAAGAGAGACUUUAGAGUCACCAAGACUGAGAUCAAACCAGUCCAGAUGAUGAAACAGACGAAGAAUCUGCCCUACAACUACAUCACUGACCACGCUCUGCAUAUCCUGGAGCUGCCGUAUGAGAAGGAGGAGCUCAGCAUGUUCAUCCUGUUGCCUAAAGAGUCCAAACACGGCUCCGAACCUCUGGUGAAGCUGGUGAAGGAGCUGACGCUGGAGAGGCUGAAUGAAUGGACCGACAGGGAAAACAUGGACGUCCAGUCAGACAUCCUCGUUCACCUGCCAAAGUUCAAGCUGGAGGAGAACUACGAGCUGAACGAGCCUCUGUCCAAGCUGGGCAUGACGAAAGUGUUCCGCGAGUCAGAGGCCGACCUGUCUGGCAUGAACAGCAGAAGAGAUCUCUUUCUGUCUGAGGUGAUACACAAGGCCUUUGUGGCGGUGAACGAGAAGGGCACGGAGGCGGCUGCGGCCACAGCAGUUGGCAUGACAGGUUGCUGUGGGCCGAACGAGCGCAAGGUUCUGUUGUUCAAAGCAGACCACCCCUUCCUCUUCUUCAUCAGGCACAAUAAAACCAAGUCCAUCCUCUUCCUCGGCAGGUUCUCGUCUCCUCAGUAGACAGAACCAGGAGAGGAAGAUAUUCAAAUAAAAGCUUAAUCCUUUAAAUCUGGGCUUUAUUUUCUGGGAUUUAUGCUAAUUAGCUUUUUUUUUUUCUUCUGUUUUUGCACAGAAAUUAUAAAGGAAGAUAUUAAUUAAUGAAGAGGGCUUAAUCCUUUAAAUGUGGGCUUUAUGUUCUGGGAUUUAUGCUAAUUAGCUUGUUUUUUUCUUCUGUUUUUGCA